GGGUGGACCAUAAAUAAAACAGAUAGCCUGCACAGCAGCAUGUGAAGCAGGUGGAGCUCAGCUAUAGGAGCAGCCUAUGGAGCAGACAGACAGCUUCCUGUCCUCGUGUCCUCAGACAGCCGAGCAGAGGACACGGACAGGCUGUAGCCAUGGGACAGCAUCUCCGCAGCGGGACCAGCGGUGUCCCUGCCCCGCCUGCCUGCCUGCCUGCCUGAGUGCCUGGCUGCCUGAGGACUGACUCUUGAUGUUGACCAGUCUGCAACAGAAGUCGUGAGGAUGGUUUGAAGCAAACACACAGCCUGUAGCUACAUUAUGACUGAAUUAGAAGCCUCAGGGGUGGAGGAACAUCCCCUACCCUACAUGAUCUUUGUGGUAGUCUUCCUCUUUUUCCUCACCGGACUGCUGGGCUUCCUCAUCUGCCACCUGCUGAAGAAGCAGGGCUACCGCUGCCGCACCGGAGACAUGGACGACCCAGACGAGGAGGAGGAGGAGGAGGAGAAGAAGCUUGGGGGAAAUGCAGACGAUGAGGACGAGGAGAACCAGGACACAGUGGAGCAGAUCCUCAAAUGCAUUAUUGAAAAUGAAGCUAACAUGGAAGCCUUCAAUGAGAUGUUUGGGAACCAAAAUGUAUGUGUGCGCCAUGACCCCAGGCUGCGUAAGGAGUCCAUUGGUGGUGUUCCUCCCCAUCACCAUACAGUCCACUCAGGCACCGACCACAACUCCUGCCACCUCUGUGCCCAGGUCCGGUCUAAAAAGGGCCGACGACAAAGCCGAACCCCCCGCUCUAAACAACGACCUGGAGAGCAGACUGUCUUCUCUGUUGGCAGGUUCCGGGUGACGCACACUGAUAAGAAGCUCCAUGGAGGUCCCAAUCCAUUGGUCAGUUCAGGGGACCAGCUGGACCAGUCCCAGGACAGUGACGAUCGGAAGGAGGGCGGGUACAAUCUAAGAAGCAUGUUCAAGGAUGUCCGACCGCCUUUAGAGGGCUCCAAUGGGGUCGCUCCGAAUGUGGGAAAACGCAGGAAGAGUGUUGGCAUAUUCGGGCUAAGGCGGAGCAGCGACCCCGUUGGCAUUAAAGCAAGAGAGGGGACAGGCACAGAGAGCGGAGGUGUUAGAUUCGCUAUUCAGCAGCAACCUGUAGUGCUGGAGGAAGUGUUGCAGGCAGAGAACAUUGAAGUUGCUCCUGAACGUGGUACGAAACCUGGUAUCAAACCUGAAACCGAACCCUUAAAGAGUCAAACGCUUGAUUCACCUCAACGUGAGGCUAAGACUUCAGGUUCUGUUGAUUCUCCCUCGACCCAAAGUAAGGAUCGGGCCCAGGGCUCUACGUCUGCUCCUGAGAAGGGCUUUAAACAUGAGCCCAGUCCUGAACCUCAUACCAACCUUCUGGUCACACUGUCUGUUGAUACUACAGCAGCUCCUGCCCCCAGCUCUCUUCACAUUCCAUCUCCUGCAUUUAAGACAACAGAGAAACAAGGAGAUGUUGGGGGGAAGGUGUUAAAAAAUGAGGAGGCAUCUGAUCCUGGGCCGCUACAAACCUCUACACCAAUAGCCCCCAUGCCUGGAUCCAUUCCAGGUGUCACUCUUGUCAUUACUGGUCAACCCGAUCCCUGUUCUAGCACAGGUUUUCCAGUUACCCGAACUCCCCCUGACCCAAGCUCCAGCCCAGAUCUGGAAUCAGGUUGUGGUGCUAGCCUAGCUUUAAUAAGCUUAGGUUCAUCCCCUCCAUCUUCAGUCUCUUUGUUACAAACUCCUAUCUCACCCGUGCCGGUCACACCGAGCCCCAAACUUAGCUCAAGACAUACUCCAUCGGAGGCUGCCCUCACUCCAAGCCCCAAACUCCCAUCAGGCCGAGCCAUGUCUAGCCAAUCCCCUAUUCCAUCUUCAUCCUUUGGAAAAAGUGCUAGUCCAUUACAAACCCGAACUCCCUCACCUGCUCUUACUGCUAGCCUCAAACUUGACACCAUGCCAGUAUCACCACAAACCCCCUCUACUUCUCCAGCAGACCAAAACCCGUCCUUUGGAAGUUCACCUCGUCCGACUUUGAAGUCAGGAAUUGAGACAUCUGUGACAUCUAUGGCCAAAGGGGAUAUGAUUUCAAAGCCAUUCUCUCUGAAGGAACAAGAGCUGGAAGGAGCCAGAAUCCCAAUGACAGAAGAAAAAACAGAAAUAAUGAGAGUGGGGAUUCUCAAAACUGCUAAACCUUCACCAGUUGAGGGAGAUUCUAAAGGUCCUGCCCUUUACUCUUCCAUUGAUCAGCUUUCUAAAGACAGACUGAGCAGUUUGCCUCUGUCGCCUUCCAGUCCCCUGUCCCCCUCCUCACCUAUAGGGAGCAGAAUAAGUAGUGUGACCGUCGUCAAAGCCAGCCCUGACAGCAAGAGAGAGUUUUCCGUUGUCACUAUGGUGGAGGAGAAAGAAUCCUCUACGUCAAUAAAAGACCAGAUAAGAGCAACCUCUGAACUCCAGGUUGAAUCAGAAAAAGCGAGAAUUAGUCCAGCAGUUGGUCAGGGAGGAGAGGUUUAUGUUUCAGGCGUUGGACAACCUGAAAAUCAAAGUGGAGAGAUGCCUGGAGCAGAGGUUAGGCCAAGGGUGAGCCAAGAGAAGGAUGAUAUGGUGGAGAUGGAAGAUAUUAGGGACUGCAAAGUGACACAGGUCGAAGAAGCAGAGAGGGUGGAGGAGGAGUUGGAGAAGAUGGACAACACUUGGUCAAAACAGGACUGAUAGGUGGUGAUAUGGCCGAGAGUUCAGCUCUGAUAAUCCAAAGAAAGAAGUGAAGAGUGGCACCACUCAGUGGACUGUAGGAAAUAAUACAUGUAGUAAAAAUACAAUCAAGCAAUUAUGAACACGCCUUAAAUAGAGAGCGAGACUGGACUGGCUGGGUAACUGACUUGCUGUUUGACAAAUGGAAAAUGAUCAGAAACUCUUCUACUGCUAGAUUUAAAAGAUAAUAUGAUGGAUGUUGCAUGUUUUAACCAUUUUUUAACCACCAAUCACAUAUACUUCAUGGCUGACCAUUUUGUUUUAGAUUUGUGAAGGGUUUUUCCUACUUUUAUGGACAUUUUACAGCCAUUUUAGCGGCUCUGCGAGGCUGUACGUAGCACGACGCAUAGCUAAAUGCUAACGUCAGUAUGCUAACGUGCCCACAAUGACAAUGUUAUCCAGUAUUGGACAAAGUGGAUUUUUCAGUCCAGGCGAAAGUGAUGGACCCUCAAACUGACUGAACGUCAGACAUCUCUGGAGCCCCGCCACUAGUCUGGCUAAAAAUCAAUUACUGGACUUGAUGUUAAUUGUCCUAUAUUAUACAGCUCAAGAAAGUUUCAAGAUUUUCAUAUCAUAAAGAUACUAUUGAAAAACAAAUGGCUGCAAUUACCGAUACUCGUCACCGGUGCCGCCAAAAGAAAACAAAACUUUAAAUCUCAUUUAAUAUCAUUGCAGGGUGGAGUUUUCUUUUGACUAAAUCGUUUAAUAGUGAUAGGCUGCCCACUUGGCUGGCUGAUGGAUUAGUUAACGUCUAGAUGUUUAGUUGACUUGGUAACGGACUGAUUCGAUUUGAGUCUUUGCUGUGUGAUUAAUUUAUUGAUUUGGUAGCCAUCAUGAUUGUUUAUUGAUGUAUUAAGGUGCUAAUGUCUCUAAUCUCAUCUAUUGAUCCUGCUGAUUGUGAAUCGGAUCAACAGCACAAACACACGGGAGCAACAGUGGCUCUAUCGGCAGCUUGGCCAGUCGAGAUUUAGUGAAUUUGCAAGUUCAUGCAGUUAUUAUUGACCCUUAUGCUAUACUGUAGUGGCUUUUGGCAGUAGCCUGCAGUAUGUUGCCAGGUGUUCACUCAAGUUUUCCCCUUUUCCCUCCAAAUGUGGAGUGAAUUGCCUCCAUGAGAGUAUAACCCGUAUGUAUGUUGACAGAUCCAUCUUCCCUGCACAGGUUCCCUGUUAGUGCUAGUGAAGAAAUAAGGACUCGAUACUUCACUGGCUUCCCACCAUGCAAACAGUAACCAGUUGUUCUGAACACAGGUCUUAUGUGGUGUUAUUCUGAGCACCAGCAGACACCCUGUCGGCAGUCACUUAUGUGACCAUAUAGAGAAGUCCCACUGGUUCCCUGGUAUAUUACCACUAUAGCAGUAGAAGUACAGUAGUGUAAUCAGUCACUUCUACAGGUAAAUACGCCACUGCAUACCAGUCCCUCCAGUCACAGAAUAGUUUUCUGGAAAUAAUACAUAUCAAGUAAAAGAUUGGAUUUUUUUCAAGUCUUGUUAUUCCCAAUACUUCUUUCUGCUCAUGCCAUUUUGUAAUGUGUUCGACAUAUAUUGAACCAGGAAAAUGCAAAACAAUGGCAAAUGACUGAUGAAAAGCUAUGAUAGAAAGUACAGCCAUAGACUCCGCACUCUGUACUGAUGAUCGUAAUAUCAAGCAGUACAUGCCAAUGCUUAUGAAAUAAGGUCUCAGACUACAGAGACAUGACAGAAUAUGCUCUGCAGUCCUUAAAGCUGUGAAACCUAAAAUGAAUGUAUUUUAUAGUAAGAUGGAGUAUUUUAAAUUGGUCUAACUUGUAAAGCCUCUCCAGCAGUCUGGUGAUAUUGUACAUUGGUGACUACAGUGGAACUCUACAUUGAUAUGCCUUCUGUUCACCCUCAUGUGAUUACACAGUAGAACUCAACAUUAUAUGUCUCACCUGCGAUUUUUAAAACUACUACUAAUCCCAACACUGGAGCAGCCUGGUUACAGCUGUGUGAUGCUAUACAUAAAGUAUAUAUACACCCCUUCAGUUUUACUGUGUCUCUAUACUCUCUUAAUACAAAACUACUACAAUAACAAGGCCAUAAUAUACCCUGCAGCAACCAUCUAAAGGUGUGGUCCCGUGUGCAUAUAGUGUAAAAUGGCGUCCAUUUAGACUACAUUUUAAAGGAAACUACAUUUAUUACAACCUUGGUUUAAUUUUUUUAGUUUUAGUAGAACAACUGAAAUAAUCAUAUCAUCUGUGAGCAGCAACAAUAGUUAAACAAAAUUUGGUUUCACAAGACUUUGGGUUUGUUCAGAGCCCUUUGACUACUCGUGUAGAUGAUAAAAGCGCUAUCAUAACCUAUAUAUAUAUACAUAGGACUGGUCACUAACAUUACAAAAAAGAUAGGUAAUGAUCUGAAGCAUUUUUAUAUCAACUCACACAUCCAGUUCAUUCAGUGCGUCUGUGUCUGAACUAGGUAGUUACUGUGAAUGAAGAAAACUAAAGCUAAAGACAUUUGAACUUAAUCAACAAAAAAUCCAAAAGAAGAAGAUGUCACAGUACUGGCCACGCAUUGCAAUUCACUUAGGAACGAAGGAAGAAAAGACAAAGCAAUACAUCAGUUGAGGAUUACCACUUUAAGUAGUGUAUGUUCUUUUGAAGAAGGAAAGACAUAAAGGAAGGUUUGAAAAUCAAAUUGCCCGAACCCUAACCCAAACUACA